AUGGCCCAUACAGGACCUCGACUCUUCAUAAGAGGUUUCAAAACUAGGGCUUCUUCUGCCGAUACUUGCACAACAGACUUUUUCAGGAAUACCACAGGACGAUGGCUCUGGGGAGAAAAGGAGCAACUGCUUGAACGUCACAGAGAAUUCAAAGUACGAGAGCUCCAGACGACAGCGGCAGACACCCUGGGCUCUCGUGCCUGUGUUUCUAUGUCGAAAAUCGGAGAAGGCAAUUUCAACAAAGUCUUCCGUCUCGUGAUGAAUGACAGAGCGGUAGCAAUUGCUCGAAUUCCCCAUCCGAAUGCUGGUCCGUCACGGUACACUACCAUGUCAGAGGUUGCUACUAUGGAAUUUGCAAGGUCAAUGCUUAAAAUACCGGUCCCUAAAGUCUUAGCGUGGUCUUCGUCUCCUGAUAACUCCGUAGGUGUAGAAUACAUCGUUAUGGAAGAGGCCAACGGCACACAGCUCUCUCAGACAUGGGAUGGCCUGAAAAUACAUGACAGAAGCGAGAUAAUCAAUGAUAUUGUUUCUAUAGAGCAGAAACUUCUCUCUGUGACUUUUGACCUAUAUGGCUCAUUGUAUUUUGCCAAAGAUACUUUCCCAGGCUGCCAGCCGGCAAAAAUUAGCGGUGAUAUAACAGAAGAAACCAAGGAUGCUGUUAGAAGCCAAUAUGUCAUCGGUCCUACUUCUCACAGGGAGUUUUGGGAGAAGGAACGGGCUGUGAUGUCCUUGGAUCGAGGACCUUGGAAAUCGGCCAGUGGAUAUGUGGAGUCUAUAGCACGCCGCGAGAUUGCGUGGAUUUCCCAGUAUGCAAAGAGAGAUUCAAUCUUGUCUGGCUACCCCAGGGGCAAAGGAAGCCAAAAACCACCCGAGGACCACAUCGCCUUACUGGAGAGAUACUUAGCUGUUGUUUCCAAGCUUCUUCCCGAUGAUACUGAGCUUGUCCGCCCGACACUCUGGUAUCCUGACAUUCAUGAUGGUAAUAUCUUUGUCCAAGACGGUAGAAUCUCCAGUCUUAUCGACUGGCAGUCAGUCUGGGUUGCUCCUCUGCUUCUCCAAGCCAGAACCCCUCGGCUGAUCGACUACAAUGGAGAUAUCCAGCUGAGACUUCCCGAAGACUUUAAAAUGUUACCCGAGGAAGAGAAAGAUCAAGUCAGAGACCGCGUCCAACGGUCUAUUCAAGUAUAUCUUUAUGAACAUCAGACAGCAAAGUUCAACCCAUUGCUUAAUAGGGCGAUUAGGAAACCCCACGGGAAAACACUGGGUCAGCUUGUAAGCUUUGCUGGAAACUCUUGGGAUGACCACAUUGUGCCCCUUAGGGAUACACUGAUUGACGUUGAAAGGGACUGGCUGAAGAUCUUCGAGUCUGGCAAAUGUCCAUAUCACUUUUCGCCUGACGAGCGCUCCCAACACUGCGAGGAGGCAAAGGCCUUCAACGCAGCCCAGGAAUUCUGGGAGAUGCUGCAGAGCAGAGUCCAACCAGACGGCUGGACCUCUGUCGAGGACUUCGACGACGCCGUAGAAUACUUUUCCCAGCUGCGAGAAGCCGGGCUGGCCAGCUUGGAAGGCGAGGAAAGGGACGAGUUCGAGGCCUCGACCCGGUGGGUGGUGGACCGCAGGGCAGAGACAUGA